UCUUUCUCCUUCGUCUUCUCUCUCUCUCUCUCCUUAAACCCAGAAGAAGAAGAAGCGUAACACUUCCCCUUCCUCUUCUCCUCUAUACGUGUAGUCAAUCUCUUUAAGGAAGCAGGUUAAUGCAGAGCAUGGGGACUGGUGAUACUGCUCCACGACUGAUUCUCUGGCUGUGCUUAGGGUUUUUGAUUCUAGGCGUUGGUUUUGUUCAAUGCGGCGUUACUUAUGACCGUAAAGCACUUCUCAUCAACGGGCAGAGACGAAUCCUCUUCUCUGGCUCUAUACAUUACCCUCGAAGCACACCUGAUAUGUGGGAAGGUUUGAUUCAGAAGGCGAAAGAUGGAGGCGUUGAUGUGAUUGAGACUUAUGUUUUCUGGAAUCUCCAUGAGCCUUCUCCUGGCAAAUACGAUUUUGAUGGGAGAAAUGAUUUGGUGAGAUUCGUGAAGACGAUACACAAAGCUGGACUAUAUGCUCAUCUUCGAAUUGGGCCUUAUGUUUGUGCUGAGUGGAACUUCGGAGGAUUCCCUGUUUGGCUGAAGUAUGUUCCUGGAAUCAGCUUCAGAACAGAUGAGGUGACUGACUAA